AUGGCGAACUGCAACGUCCACGCGCAGAACGGGAACUACGCCGCCUCGAUUGCGCCUUCAGAGCGCAGCAACGUCGGCUUAUCCGCUCGCUACCGCCCCGUCUCAACAGCAGCAGAAAUGGAACAGCCCAACAGCGCAAACCGACGAGCAUCGACAUUCACGUCUACCUCGACCAGGCCCUGGUCGCUGCUCGACCUUUCGCUGAGGCCAACGCCGCCGAUGCCACAGGGGCGGAAAUCUGUGAGUCCUUUGGGCCGGAGGUCCGCGCUGAACGGUAACACGGACGAGGACGAUGACGAGGAAGGCUGGGCGGAGCUGAAGGCGAAGAAGGAGAAGAAACAGAAGGGCUGGAAGCUGCGCAAGGGGCAGAACGAUGCGUUGAGGGAGUUGUAUAAUGGUGUUCCUUGA